CCACAACAACGUUCAUUUGUUUUAUUGUUUUCUUCUAUAAGUAUUUGAAGUAAUAAGUUAAUAACAAAUAAUAAUGGAUUUCUCCAAGUUGUUAUUCUUUUUCUUCGCUUGUUUUGUUGCUUUGUGUUCAGUGAGCGCUGCGCCUGAACCAAGAUGGAAGCCUUUCAAAAAACUUGAGCGAGUGGGACAGCACGUGCGAGACGGCAUCAUCAAAGCCGGCCCCGCAGUCGCCGUGGUCGGUCAAGCCGCUACCAUUGCCAAAGGAUAAUCUAUUCGAACACCUUGAAAAUCAUGCUCAUGCAAGCACUGUCAUGCAAUCUUCAUAUUCUCCGUACAAAGACAUCAUCAAAUCGGCUCCAUCAGUCACUGUAUUCGGUCAAGCAUCCACCAUUGCGAAAGGAUAAUCUACAGAACACCUUGCAAAGAUAUGCUCAUCCAAUCACUGCCAAUCUUCAUAAUUAUUAUUCUCCGUACAAAGGCAUCGUUUUAGCCAUGCUGGCAGUUGCCGUGUUCGGACAAGCGGCUACCAUUGCUCAUGAAUAAUCUUCAGAUCAGCUUGAAAACCAUACUCGUGCAACACUGUCAAUCUUGUGUGCCAAUGUCAGGACAAUCUUCUGAACACCUUGAAAACACAUACUUAUGCGACACUGUCAAUCUUCUGUGCCAAUGGAAGGACAAUUUUCAGCGCAUUCAUACAUAAGUGGGAUUCUUUGUUAUGUACUUGCAACCCUCGUGUUGCAGGUAUCCAUGAGCGACGGUAGUUGCUUACCAUCAUGCGAUUUGUCUCCUAUAUCAUAAAGUCUUAAUAUAUCCUAAUUUUUCUGUCUACUGUCAUCAUUACGAGUCAUUCGUGUCAUCAGUACCACGAGUUUAUACCUGAAAUUUACGUAAGCGACUGCCUAAUAAACUCGAUCGCAGACCAUCUUGCUCGCUCUGAUGUCUUGAUGUGAUAGAGACGAAAUGCGAUCCAGUUCAUGCAGACGCUAAUGUAAAUGUCAAAAGCCGUCUCGUGGUAGCCGUGCUAUUUUUGUAUGUAUAAUACCGAUUGACAUUGAACUUUUCAGUUGCUUUCACGUUAAUUACAUAUAAAUAUAAAUAAUUUAAUAUACUUAAAUCGUGUUCAUUCAAUGUACAAAUAAUUAAGUAUUACUAAGUAAAUUAAUAAAUGUUAUUAUUUAUGAA